AUGCAAGUGGUUGGGUUGAUUUCGGGAGGUAAGGAUAGCUGCUACAAUCUCAUGUGUGCCGUUCGUGAAGGGCACAAGGUAGCGGCUCUGGCUAAUUUAUACCCACCAAAAAGUUCGAAAACUGAUGAACUGGACUCGUACAUGUACCAAAGUGUCGGAGCAGAUGGCGUCGAGCUAUAUGGAGAGGCAAUGCAACUUCCAUUGUAUCGUCGAGAAAUUAGCGGUCAACCAAAGAAUCAGAAAGCAGACUACGUGAAAACAGAUGGUGAUGAAGUGGAGGAUCUUUAUGAACUUCUAGCCGAAGUUAAAAAACAUCACCCAGAAGUGAGAGGCGUUUCGGCUGGAGCGAUUCUCUCAAGUUAUCAGAAAGUUCGCGUAGAAGAUGUAUGCCGGAGACUCAAUCUCACUCCUCUGUGUUUUCUUUGGGAGAAAGAACAAAACUCUCUUCUUGCCGAAAUGAUUGAAAACGGAGUAGAUGCAAUUCUCAUUAAAGUAGCUGCCAUUGGACUCGGCGAAAAGCAUCUCGGAAAAACGCUGUCUGAAAUGGCUGCAACUAUGAAGACUCUUCAAGACAAAUAUGGAGUUCACCCAUGUGGCGAAGGCGGCGAAUUUGAGUCAUUUGUUCGAGAUUGUCCACUUUUCAAGAAAAGAAUUGUGAUUGAUGAGACUGAGACUAUAACCCAUCAAGACGACCCGGUGGCUCCUGUAUUUUAUCUUCGUCUCAAAAAAAUGCACUUGAUAGACAAAUAA